AUGGCAUUGCCCUGUCAUAUCGUUGAGCCUCUUGCUAGCACCAUCCUCCAAAUACAAGGCUGGGUAAAGGGAGGGCGGCUACCGGAUCACUCUGAUUUCCCGAUACUAAGUCUAGACCAGGACUUGGUCUACAUUUACUGGCAGAGCUACCGCAACUCUAGCUUUACAGAGGAAAUGAACGACGAAGGACUAUUGCAGCUUCCGUAUGCCACAAGCCUUUAUAUCACAAGGUCUAUGUGUAAACCACUAUUUAUCUUAGAACUUGAAGGCAAUGAUACAUAUAAGGCCAUUUUAUGCCGCAAACCAUCUACGCAUCUGAUCCGUGCCCUCUUGCUUGCUGUACUCUGCUUUCAGCGUGAAGGCGAAUUUGCCCAGGCUGCGAAGGCCUUUGAGCAAGCAACAUCUAUCUUCCGUACUGUUUCAUCGUUUUUGGAACUAGACAAGCUUGGCUUCGACCCGCCUCUGCUUAACGCCUGCGACUUGCGAACAGCGACACAAGCUUUCUUGUCCGGCUUGUGA